AUGAUCCUAUCAGGCGCCCGCCGAACACUGGCAAUCUGUGGUCUGCUGUCCCUUGCGGCCUUUGCCCACGGAGAAGACAAUAGUCUCACACGCGAUGUCGCCAUCAUAGGCGGCGGUGCCGCAGGCACAUACGCUGCUAUCCGACUACGUGAUCAGGGCAAAUCAGUCAUCCUCAUCGAAAAGGAAGAUAGACUGGGCGGUCAUACCAACACCUACGAAGACCCGGUCACCAAGACUCAUGUGGACUACGGUGUGGUCGUCUUUCACGAUAAUCAGCUUGUUAAGAACUACUUUGAUCGACUGAACGUCUCAUGGCUCGUCACCGACCCGCAUUUUACCAGUGGCUCACCGGUGUAUCUAGAUGAUCAAUCGGCCAAGCCAGUCAACUAUACCAGCCCGGACGCCCGAGCCGCAUUGCAAACCUACGCGGCUCAUCUUGCUCAAUACCCGAAAGUCGAGUCCGGAUUCUUCCUCCCAGACCCUGUUCCCGAAGAUCUGCUCCUCCCAUUUGGCGAGUUUCUCGCCAAAUAUCCAGACGUUGGCAAUGCUGCGUUCACCAUCUUCACUUUCGGACAGGGACUAGGCGAUUUUCUUUCCCAGCCCACGUUGUACGUGUUCAAGAACUUUGGCCUGGAGAUCAUCCAAGACAUCGGCACGGGAUUCCUCGUGACCGCUAGCCAGAACAAUCAAGAAAUCUACCAGCAUGCGACCAAAAUCCUGGGUCACGACGUCUGGACAAGCAGCCACGUGGCGUCCACUCCCCAUCGACGAAAAGAGGGCAUCCAGCUCGAAGUGAAGACUCCGUCCGGCCGUCGAACAGUCAAGGCGAAGAAACUCCUGAUCGCCUUCCCGCAGAAACUCGACAAGCUCAAGCCCUUCGACCUUGACGAGCUCGAAUCCAGCCUCUUCGGCAAAUUCAUGAACACGGGCUACUACACCAGUCUCGUGAAGAACACCGGCCUGCCUGGCAACUUUAGCUCUACCUCUGUGGGGGCAAACACACCCUACCAAAUCCCUAAACUGCCGGGCGUCUACGCCGUCAGCGCAACCGCCAUCCCUGGAGUCUUUGACGUCAAGUACGGCAGUCCAACGGGGCUAUCUGACGACUUUGUUCGCGGCGAGAUUCUGUCCUAUAUUAAGAAAUUGCAGGCCAAUGGGUUCGCGGAAAAGGUUCCCGGGGAGCCUGAGUUCGUGGCUUACCACAGUCACACUCCGUUCGAGUUGACGGUGGCGAGGGAUGAGAUUGCAGGUGGCUUUUAUAAGAAGUUGUAUGCGCUGCAGGGUCAUCGGAAUACUUGGUAUACUGGAGCGGCUUUUGACACUCAGGAUUCGUCCAUGCUGUGGAACUUUACCGAGGAGUACAUUCUGCCGGAUUUGUUGGCAUAA